UUUCAAAUCCCUUUAGCUCCUGAUUUGUAUGUCGCUCUCACUCAUUAGGCAAAAUAUGGUGCAUCAUAGUGGGAUAGAUUUGCAGCGGAGAGUUUCCAAAGAGAGCACUCAGUGGUUCCAAAUAAUCAACAGAAUUCAAAGGAAAUGUAGGAGUUUUUAUACUGUGGCUGGCAGAGAAAAUGAAAAGAGCUCGACCUCAGGGGAAUCAACAAAGCUCCUCUGGUGGCUACAUGGAAAAAUAAAGCGCUUGUUCAGAAGCAUUGCUGCUCAUUUAAGCUCUUUAUAAUGAAUUCCAAAUAGAAAAGCUCAUCAAAGGUGAGACAGUGCUGGUUGCAGAAUGUAAUGCAUUCAAGCACCUGAAUGUAGUAUUAAUGUUGGACAGGUGAAAGAGGCAGCAACAAAAGCUGGUGCGUUGCUCUGUGCUGCUCUGCCCACUGCUCAUUCCCUCCAAUAUUUUCAGCUGUGGCAGUGAUUCCUUAUCCAAAAGGAUCUGAUUUUCUUCCCCCUACUUUUCCAUGUCUUUGUUCAUUCAUUCACUGGAGAGAAAACCAGAAUCUUCCCUCCCCUGACUGCGGAGUUCUCCUGGAACAGGGACACUUCGACCCUCAGCUCCCUUCUCCUCACUCACCAAAAGAUGCCAGCAAAGAGCUUUGUUUUUACAGCUCAGCCACCAGCUCUGCAUCAGGAACCUUCGUGCUGCAUUCUGGAGAAUGGAUUUUUCUUGGAAGUCCUGCUUUCAGUGCGUUCCCCGGUCGGAUGUGGUGUGGGGACACCCAAGCAGGGCAGCAGCUGGUUGUUGGGCGCAUUGCUGAUGCAUUCUGCACGAGGAGCUGCGAGCAAGCAGAGCAUGGGGAAUCACACCGGUUCGCUCCUGUCGAAUAUCUGCUUUGGGAAAACUGGUGACAAUCUUCCAGCAUGACAGCAUCCUCAGCAUCUGCCUGGGAGGAAAUACUGACCUGGAUUGUAGCAUUAAUUUGUGACAGCGUGAUGAUGCAGCAUGGAAAUUAGCUGCUUUUUACCUUAUGGGCUGGAAACGUACAGAAGUGGUGCUGCCAGACUCGUCACCUCACAGUAAAGGCCAGUCUGAAGUUUGGGUGGUCAAGGAUCUAACUGAUACUUGCUGGGAAAAUAAUGCUGCUGUGGGUCGGGGGCUGGAGGUGGUGCUGCAGAGGGCAGGAUUUGGCAUUUUGCAGAGGAGAUGUGGGAAAUGCGAACAUGUUCAGAGGAUGCAAUGGAGAGCAAUGCAAGUGUUGGAGCAGGGAGCCAUUGCAGCCCCUAGUUCCUGCUCUCCCAUGGAGCUGUGUGUGCUGCAUACCUCCCACUCUGUGUCUGUGCUGUUCAUGCUGGCCCAGUCCCUGCAGUGCCACCUUGAUGUGACAUCCAUGUCCUUCAGCACUGCUCCUGAGCACAGCAGAGACGAGAGGCAAGAGUUGCAGGUUGCCACAGUAACCCCUGCUCCACCACCUUUUGCUUCUCCACCAGGAAAAUACAUCGCUCUGCAGACACCCAGCUCCAUGCUCAUGAUUUAUACUGAUCGUGUUUGCACUGGGGCUACUGAACGCUGAGGGCUGGUGUAGAAGACCCCUGCAGGACCAGCUCCAUGCUUCUGAAUCCCCAUUGCUUCCAGAUCUCCUUCAUGCAGCCAAACCACCUUGGGCUGACUGCCUGAAAUAGGGCUGAGUGUCAUUCCCCCUGAACUCAACGAGAGCCUUCUCACUGAAACAGCAGCUUUCUUUUGGAGGAGAUUUUUUGGAGAAGCAGGCUGAGAGCCAGUAUUCCUUCAGGUAAAUGCUUCUCCUUCCAUCAGUGCACCUGUGGAUUAGCUAGCCCAUUGCAGAGGGCACUACAGUGGGAACUGCUCAACGCUCUUGCAGUCUGACAGAGGCGGGUGGAAGCAAGUUGAGAGAAAGGACAUUCCCCAGGAAGGGAGCUGGGCAGUCCUCGACCCCGUGCUAAGUAAAGGACAGCCAGCCACACCACUUGCUUUUGCCUAAAAUAAAUCCCCCCAAGUCCCAGGAGAUCCGUUUGCAGUUGAACUGAUUUUCCAGAGAUUUGUAGCUUUGCUGGGCAGGAACUCUCUGCUGAAAUGUGCUUAGCACAGCUGGAGCUUCUCAUCACAGCUGUAAAAGAAACAAUUAAAAAUAACAUUUGUGCUCAUCAGUAGUGCCCCAUUGACUUCCCCCAGUGCUAAUACUUGCACUCAGCUGCCUUGGAUAGGGCCAUUUGUCAAACCCCAUUCCUCUUCUGAGUGGGUUGUUUCAUAACGGGGCUGUCAUCAAUAUAAUGGAUGAGGAAGAUCCUUCCGUUACUUCUGGCACAAACUAUGGUGUUUUUUCACCCUUUUCUCCAAGGCAGCAUGGACAUCAAGGAGUAUUUUGCCAGAAUUUCUUACCGAGGCUCCCAUGAUAAACCAGACCUGGAAACCUUGACAGAAAUAUUCCAACACCACAUCCAAGCAGUUCCUUUUGAGAACCUCAGCAUUCACUGUGGGGAAAGCAUCGAGCUGGAUCUAACAGCCACUUACAACAAGAUAGUGAGGAAGAAACGUGGGGGCUGGUGCAUGGAGAACAACCACCUCUUAUCUUGGGCCCUGAAAACCCUAGGGUACAACGUCACCCUGCUGGGAGCAAAAGUUUAUGUCCCGGAGCACGAUGCAUACGCUGAUGACAUUGAUCAUCUGUUGCUAAAAGUGGUGCUUCAUGACAAAUCCUACAUUGUGGACGGUGGUUUUGGGAUGGCCUACCAGAUAUGGCAGCCGAUGGAGCUGAUUUCAGGGAAAGAUCAGCCUCAGACACCUGGCAUCUUUCGCUUCCUAGAAGAGAAUGGGACCUGGUACCUUGAGAAGGUGAAAAGGAAGCAGUACGUUCCCAACCACAGCAACACUGCUCCUCAUAACGUGGACAAAGAAGUUUGCCGUCGAGUUUAUCUCUUCACCCUCCAGCCCCAAGACAUAGAAGAGUUUAGAGCCAGAAAUCUGUACCUGCAGACUGCCCCAGACUCACUUUUUGUUACAAAGUCCAUCUGCAGCCUGCAGACCGCCGAUGGGGUCCGGGCACUCGUUGGGUGGAAGCUUACUGAGAUAAAGUACAAUUACAAGGAUAACAUGGAUCUGGUGGAAAUCAGAAUCCUUGCAGAUGAAGAAAUGGAGAAAACAUUGAAGGAGAAAUUCAAUAUAAUAUUAGAUAAGAAAUUUGUACCCAUCAAUACAAGCAGGUUGUCUCUGUUUUAACUCACUGCCUGUAUUAUAAUUCAAUAUGGUGGCAUUACGUGAAUUCUCCCCCCCCUUCCUGACAAGAAUCUAAAGGUUAAUCUUUCUCUUUCCAUUUACCCCAGCAUAAGGCAGAACAGAUUAGCAUGAAUCAGGAAAAGCAAUUGAUUUUCACAACUGUUCCUGCAUCUCUCCUUGGUCUGGGUACAAAUAAUUUCUUCCUCACUCAAUCAAAUCACUCCCCUUCUGUUUGUGCUUAGCUGGCAACAGAUGCUGCCCAUUCCCUGCUCCAUUCAUCUCUUAAAAGCUUUUCCCACUAACCCAAAGCAGCAGGGGCAGGGAGAUGGAACAGUGUGUCCCUUCCCUUAUUACUGAGCUCUACCACCUGGGGAAAAAAAAAAUAAAAAAAAUCACACCACAUCUUAAAUUAAUGCCAUACUAUUUUUUGAAAUGUAAUAGCCAGAAAAGUAAAGACAUCCAAUGCCAUUUGCUACACUAAGCCUGUCCUUUGUGCUCCUGCACCCCUCACACUUUCUCACACAGCAAUUCUAACACUCACUGAGGGGGCUAUUUGUGGCUUAAAACUGGUGAUGAGAAAUAUUAGGGGACAAUUCUGCCUUCUUUCAGAUUUCUGUACCCUCAGCAACAUAACUAAAGCUGUCAAAGUGAAAGCACCUCCUGUGGAUUGUUUGUGAGCACCCAGGAGAGGACUGCUGGAAGUGCACCCUCCUCGCACAAGGCUGUCAACUUCUAUAACAAACAUUACUGCUUGUCAGUUAGUUUCUCCAAAAUGUAUGUAUUUGACUGCUUGUAGUGAUUCUAAUUAUAUUGAUAGAAGGAGAAAUGAUGAAUCUUAGUCAGAUACCUAAAGGCUAAGAUUUUUAGCAUGAGAAAUUACACAAAUGUAAUCACUUUGCCCUUUGAGAUGAUGCUUGAUAUCCCUUUAUGUACAAAUCACACAGCAUUACAACUAUGCACUUACAAUUAAUAACGUAAGCCAAUUACAAUUAAAUAAAAAGACAAGAACUGUGAAGUAUUCAA